CACUAGCAGGCGCCGGGCGGCACGUUGGCCAGGCCUCGGGCGGGCAUUAGCGGGGGGCAAAAAUGGCUAUGGCCAGCGACUUCUACCUGCGCUACUACGUGGGGCACAAGGGCAAGUUCGGGCACGAGUUUCUGGAGUUCGAGUUUCGGCCAGACGGGAAGCUUAGAUAUGCCAACAACAGCAAUUACAAAAAUGAUGUCAUGAUCAGAAAGGAGGCUUAUGUGCACAAGAGUGUAAUGGAAGAGCUGAAGAGAAUUAUCGAUGACAGUGAAAUCACAAAAGAAGAUGAUGCUCUGUGGCCUCCCCCUGACAGAGUGGGCCGACAGGAGCUUGAAAUUGUAAUUGGAGAUGAACACAUUUCUUUUACCACAUCAAAAAUAGGUUCUCUUAUCGACGUUAAUCAGUCAAAGGAUCCUGAAGGCCUUCGAGUAUUUUACUACUUGGUACAGGACCUGAAGUGUUUAGUUUUUAGUCUUAUUGGAUUACAUUUUAAGAUUAAACCAAUCUAAAUUGUAUGGUUUUUUUUAACGCUGUUUUUAUAUUUAAUUAAGGGAUGGGUUUGUCAUUUCCAAUAUUGGGAUUUUUAUAAAUGUGGAACUUGUUUUGUAUGCUGACUAAAAAUAAGAAAAUACAUAAACAGGCUUAAUGGUUAUUCUCACUUGGGUCCGAGUGGUUUGGAUAGUCCUUACACAUAUUAAAUUCUGUAAAUAAAAGCAACUUUCUCUUGAGAUUUUGCUCUAAUAAAACAUAUCAAAGCCUGGGUGGA